CAAAAACGCAGUGCGGGUACGUCACGAAUAGACGAUGACACACUUGACACACCUUGGAGAAUACUUGUAAAAUACUGGAUCAAAUAUAAGCUCGGACCAGCACAGCAGUGGGACGAACGAACCGAAAAUCAGUGACAAGAUUUUGAAUAAGCCACCCAAGCUUUUGAAACCUGCUAUAUAAAACACUCCUCUUUAGUAAUAAGACAAAAGGCAAUUAAACCGUAGACUACAUACAACAAUUAUUAAAAACUCAAAAUUCCCCAAAAAAACUUGAAACGUCAGCAUGACAGUUAAAAUGUGACUACAAAAUCUAUCGUAAAAUAAAAUGAAUUAAAGUAAUAAAAUGAACAGAAACCAGCGUCGAGGGAGGGUGCCGCGUCGCAACGAUAGCCCCAAUAGAUACAAUGUCUCGAAAUCCAAAUGUGCUAGUGAUAAUGAAGAAGCGUUCUCUCCAAAGUCUAAAAAAGAGGAGAAAUCGGUCGCGAAUAGGUGCUGUUACGUCAGCCCCAUUCAGAAAGACUUCGGUCAGUCGACCGGGACGGGCGGUCCUUUGAAACCAAUGUGCGACGCAGAAACAGCGGAUCAGAAUAAUUAUCAUGGCCUAACGGCGGAACAAAUAGGUUGCGAUCCAGUCAUACCCGAUACCAUUCACCAACUAAAGGAAUUGAAAAAAGUACUUUGUGGCAAUACGCCUAAGGUUGAAAAUAGUUCACAAUACGUGCCACAGAAAAUGACUGCCGCUGCAGGUUUCGUAGAGACAGCAGACGGGUCUCAGUGGCAGAACAUCGACAAUAUUGAUGACAUUGAAAAGUUUAUUGCACAUGAAGGCAGAGAAACCCCUUUAAUAUUCGACCGGUUACCAUUAAACAUUCGGAUAUCUGACGUGCCACGCGUGAAAAUAAUCGCUGAGAAAUUCUCAAAGUACAAGAGAAACAAUUUGGAACUCAGACGACUGGACGAAAAGGUGGUUUGUGUGGAGUACGAUAUCUACGAACAGCCACACGACGACGGCAGUCCGAAACCGGUGCAGAGGAUGCGGGCUUUCUUCUCUAUUAAGCCCAUUUUUGAUGAGGGUCGUGAGAAAAUAGGGGCUAUACCAAAGUUACCGUCUAGUAUCAAACAAAAAUUUGACAUCGUCGACGAGGAUCUCGAGAAAAUGACAGACAAAGAGAUCGAAAUCAUCGAUGGAAAGAUAGACGAGAACCAAUCUUACUUGGAGGACUUAAGGCGUAUAUUGAAACGAAAACAAAUCAUUAACGCGAAAAAAAAUAGGACCUCCUUAGAUUUGCAAUCUUUGUACGAAAUGGCGAAGAAGGAUUGCUCGCCUUUGGAUUACGAUUUUUCUAACGCGAACUUGCUGUCGAAGGCGGAGUUGCAAGAGGUAAAGGACUUGAUCCUUCAGCGGUGUUCGUCGAGUGCGCAAGGGAUUAGUAGGAGACGAGUGAGGCGAAGAGAAAGGGGCUCCAAUGUCGAGGUCGGCGUGAUCUCGGAGAGCAUCGUGGCCGAGCUGCUGCGAGACGACGCCACGCUUAAUGUCUUACAAUGA